CCGCCAUUGGUAACCGCUAAAACAACCCACCCCUCCCUACCACGCUUCACUGCCGCGGCGGCCAUCCAUGGCCGCCUCCACUCUCCUCCGCCUCAUCUCCCCGUCAGCGCCAAGCCUGCAUGAUCCAAGCCCUAGGAUCAACCCUUCACUCCUCGUGUGCCCGACGCGCCGGCGACGUCGGUUCCUGGCGGCCCGCUGCUCGUCAUCGUCGCCACUGCUGCCGCCAUCGUCGCCGCUCGAGUUUCCCCUCCUCCCAUUCCAGCCCGCGGAGGUGUUGAUUCCGUCUGAAUGCAAGACUCUGCACUUGUAUGAAGCAAGGUAUCUAGCAUUGCUAGAAGAGGCAUUGUAUAAGAGGCAAAAUUCCCUUGUACACUUUGUCCUUGAUCCAGUUUUAUCAAGCUCUUCUAAGGAUUCCUUUGCUGUAAGAUAUGGCUGUUUGGUGCGGAUAGAAAGUGUUCAAAAGAUGGAUUUUGGAGCAUUAGUGUCAAUUAGAGGUGUAUGCCGAGUGAACAUCAAGAACCUUCUUCAGAUGGAGCCCUACUUGCGAGGUGAUGUUUCUCCCAUGAUGGACAAGUCUUCGGAUGACAUCGAUUUGGACCUGAGAAUUUCCAAACUAAGGGAGUCCAUGUGCAAUUUGCACAGCCUACAAAUGAAGCUGAGGGUGCCCGAGGAUGAACCGCUGCAAACAAACAUCAAAAGUUCUCUACUUUGGUCUGAGAAAGAUAUUUUCGAAGAGUACGACGAAAAGUUCAUCCCUGGGCUCCCAGAACGUCUCUCCUUUGCGGCGUACCAAUCAGUUUCAGGUAUGUCAGAUGAAGAACUUCUUACCCUGCAAAAAUACAAGAUAAAGGCAAUGGAUUCAAUGGACACUCUGGAAAGACUAAACAGUGGAAUCGAGUACGUUGAACAUAACAUUGGUAUGAUUGCCGCGAGACUGGCAAUUCAGAACAUAUGAUUCUCGGUACACAGCUUACUGAAACUGAACACUAGUAUACCAUCAGCAUCAGCAUGAUAUGAUGGUGAUGAACUGAUGAUCAUCAUCAAAGAAGUGAGUACCUAAUACUUCUAAGAUCUAACUGAUGCUCAUGCUCCGUAAGGAAGUCCAUUUACAUGCUCUGACCUCAGAAUGUCUCCACUUUGCAUCUGCACUGUAUACAAGGAGAGGACUGACGCAGAUUGCUUUUGACAUGCUUGAUGUACAUUCAGACAGUGCAAUUGAAAUGACUUUUGCAAUUUCGUUUCAGAUAAGUCAUACUCAUACAUCAUUCAGAUCUCACGCGUUGCUAAAAAAACUCUUGUAAAUUCAUUCCAGGAUGUAAUUCAUACAACUGAUUUGUCUGGAAA